AUGCGCUACAGUAGGGAUAAAAAUACUGUAAAUCUCCUUUAGGAUUGAAUUUCAAGAGCCUGGACGGAAGCUUCUCAUUGGACGUCCGGCACUAUAUGCUGAUUGGCUAUAGAACUAAGUCUUGGCUUAAGGCGGGCGGAAGUCCGGCAGGCGGAAGUGGAAGUUGACGUUCCUGUGGCAUCGCGGAUAGAAGGAUGCUUCCACUAUCCUUGCUGAAAACGGCACAGAACCACCCAAUGCUGGUGGAGCUCAAAAAUGGUGAAACUUACAACGGUCACUUGGUUAGCUGUGAUAACUGGAUGAACAUCAAUCUUCGAGAAGUUAUCUGUACAUCAAGGGAUGGAGAUAAAUUCUGGAGGAUGCCUGAAUGUUACAUCCGUGGCAGCACCAUCAAAUACCUGCGUAUUCCUGAUGAGAUCAUUGAUAUGGUGAAAGAAGAGGUGGUCUCCAAAGGCAGGGGUCGUGGUGGGAUGCAGCAACAGAAGCAGCAGAAAGGUCGUGGCAUUGGUGGCCCUGGGCGAGGAGUGUUUGGAGGUCGUGGUCGAGGAGGAAUCCAAGGGAGUGGUCGAGGACAGCAAGAAAAGAAGCCAGGGAGACAAGCAGCAAAGCAGUGAGAAGCUGAACUGUGGCCAGGGAGUGCUCUGCGCCCAGAUGCUAUGUCAUUGGGACAUACUGGUUUGCUGUCUCCCCUUAACAAAACAAAGUUGUACUUUUUUAAAAAUGUGAAUAACUGGGAUAUUUGGCAUCUUAUGAGGGUUUACAGGUGUUUUACCACUCAAACAUGUAUUUUAGCUUCCGUUUGAGUGGGCACCGAUGGAGAGUAGUGCUCAACUGACUCCCUCCUUCUUGGAAUUACUACGGUAAAAUGACUAGCUUAGCCAAGUUCACGUUUUUGAAAUUGGAGAGGUAAUGUGCAGUUUUUGUGUGAGCCGUUUCAUUCUAAUUGAUAAACCAUGAAAUGCAUUUAAGCGAACAAAAAAAAAAAAUUGAUUGUGUUGUGCAGAAGAUCUGCAAUCGUGGGUUCUUGGUAGCCAAAAGUUCCCAGCAUUUAGUAGCUGGGGAGUGAAUGUUGGUUUUUUCCUCCUAGCUGGGGAGAAGAAUUAAAGCAAUGAAACAGCUUACCUCGCGAUCUUUUUAUUGCGCAGCGAGAUCGUUUUUUAAAAGAUUGGAUUACUUUGAAGAGGGAAUUACCUCUCUAACAACUUCAUCUUUCAAAAAUUUACUUUUUCGCCCAGUUUGAGAAAUAAUACCAUCAGUGACUUAUAGAGACUAUUUUCAGUGCUGAACUUCUGUUUUAAACAACUGAACUGUGGCCUCCCUCACCCACAUGGAGCAGGUUUUCUGUAGCCCAAAAAGAGAACAUCCGUAACCCAUGACGAGCCUCAAACUAAGGCAAGAUUUAGAAAAAAGCUGUCCUUCAAAGGUCUGGCUCCAUCCGUUCUGACUAACUUUGCUAGUGAUCCACACACAGGAAGUGAAAUUUCACAAGUUCCACACACAAUAUGCUUCAAAGUGUCCUAAAUGGAAUUAGGUGCCUCAGCUGAAAGGGGGGGGGGGGCUAAAAAUGGGAUUUCAGAUGAGUUUCAAAAAUACCGUUUUAGAAGCAGCACUUAAGACAACCCAUUAGUCAAUACUGAUUAAAAAAAAAGCAGCUACAAUAUUUUGGGUAAAAACAUUUUUACACGUUUUUGGCCUGCUGUCUGUUACAAGUGGAAUAAAGUUUUAUCUGUUA